AAUAUCGGACCUUUGUUUAGAUGAAUCUUUUAAACGCAAACUACAAAUAUUUCUUAACGUUGAUAAUAGAAUGUAAACAUUCGGUAGGAAAUCUAAAUGAUAAAAAUUUUAAGUUAACAUGUUAUUGGCUUAAGUAGUAGCUUCCGUUUAACAUGAAUCAUAGGUGAGAGAACUUAAAAAUGUUCAAUUGAAUUUGCCUUAUCGCUUCAGUCUUAAACAAAUAUUCUUUCUCUCUAGAAUGUUCCCUCUUUAUAUACAAGAAAUAUAAUUAAUUAAACGAACAUUCUGAGAAGUAUUAAUAAAAUCUAAUGGAAUAUUUGAAGAUCUAGAAAGAACAGUUUAAGUAGAAAUUAUAUACGCACGCGUAAAUGAUGGGCACUUAUUGUGACAAUCAGUAUUAGUAAAGAAAAAUGAGGAGGAGGGAGUUUGUUAUGUCAAGGAUACCCGAUAUAAGCACGCGGGUCCAUAAAACAGACGCUUACUUGUUUAAAACAACAGUUUUCCUGAAGUUUCAACUGUGAAAGUUUCCUUAUUAAUUAACACUGUACUAGGAUAUUUUUCUUUUGAUGCUACUUAUGAUAUGAGAAUAAAUUGAAUAAAUCAUGCAUAAACGAAAGAAAGAUUGGGAUAACACCAUACAACACGAUAGUGGGUCUGAGAGUACACCUUUACUCUCCUCUAGCUCUCAUUCUAGUAUCAAAUCAAUUGAACUUCAGGAUUCUGAGACAAGUGACUUGGAUCAUGCUCCUAUCAACAAUUAUUUCAAGUAUGGUAGUGCAGAAACUUGUACUCUUGAUUCUAAUGCUAUUGCAAUAUUAAAAAGGCCUCCACCUCUUAGCGAAAAUCACAUUUUAGCAUCACCUUUAUCGCAAAGCACACCUUGCUCAUUAAAUGUAAUACAAGACAGAUGUUAUGAAAUCCAUAAUACUGAUCUGGUAUUCAAUAAUGUAUCAAAUGACAAAGAGUCCCAGUUAAAUAAUGUUACAAUUAAAUUUUUAUCUUUGUCUUAUUCAUUACAACAAGAACCUACAAACUCUGCAUGUAACAUUGUGAAACCAAAGCAAAGCUCCCUAGUCACAGUGUUUUCAGUAUGGAACACCAUAUUAGGUUCAUCUUUACUAACAAUACCAUGGGGUAUUGAAAUGGCUGGAUUUUUCCCUGGCAUUAUUCUUAUACUCUUAAUGAGCGGUUUAUGUUUGUAUACCGCUUAUUGUCUUCUUCUUGUGCAUAAAUACCAUGGUGGACAUCAGGGUAUAGAAGUAACUCAUCUGUGUCAAAUAUAUAUCAAUAAAUGGGCAGAAUAUAUUGCUAAAUGUUUCAGUGUUAUAGUUUUAUUGGGUGCAACUAUCGCUUACUGGGUAUUAAUGUCCAAUUUUCUAUACAAUUCUGUAAAUUUUGUAUAUGAUGGUGCAUUUAGAAUACCUGAAUAUUCUACAAAUGAUAAUAUUUCUCAUUUAUCAGAAGUAUUGUGUUUGAAAAAGUCAAUAUAUAACAGUACAAAUUAUGUGACUUAUGAGUACACUUACAAUGCUUUGGGUCCAAUAUGGGAUUUAUAUAAAACAGUUCCCAUUUUUCUUGGUUUAUUAAUAUUUCCAUUUCUGAACUGUAAUAGUCCUACUUUCUUUACAAAAUUUAAUUCUCUUGGAACCCUGUCAGUCAUGUAUUUGAUUAUGUUUGUCAUGGUUAAAUCAACAUCAUGGGGCAUAAAUAUGAAUGAAAUAGAAUGGAAAAAUAGCUGGGUAUUGAAAUCUUCCUUUCCUGCUCUUUCUGGAAUGCUGGCACUCUCUUUUUUCAUUCACAACAUCAUUAUAACUAUAAUGCAGAACAAUCGUGAUCAAAGUAAAAAUGGAAGAGACCUUUCCAUAGCUUAUCUUCUUGUUACAUUGACUUAUAUCAUAGUUGGUGUAUUAUUUUAUGUAUGUUUCCCCCUUAAUAAGUUGUGCAUUGAAGAUAAUUUUUUAAAUAAUUUCCAAAAGUGGAGCGGUUUAACGGUAGGAGCACGUAUUGUUUUACUCUUUCAAUUAUUGACAGUGUAUCCAUUACUUGCAUAUAUGUUACGUGUGCAGCUACUUUCGUCAUUGUGUGAAACAUACAAUACAGGCUGUGUUAUAAUCAUAAAUAUUAUUCUAAUAUCUGUAUGCAUUUUAUUUGCAAUUUUUGUGCCGUAUAUUGGUACGAUAAUAAGAUACACCGGUGCGUUGAGCGGUUUUAUAUAUGUUUUUACAUUACCCAGUUUGCUGUAUUUAAUAACUUUAAAACAACAACAAAAACUAACAAUAUGUUCUAUAUUUUUACAUGUUAGUAUACCAAUAUUUGGAUUGUUGAAUCUAGUAGCACAAUUUUUUAUUACUGAAUUAUGAACAUAUUUAAAGAAAUAUUUGAAAAAAUCAAAAAUGUGUUCCUAAUAGUAUAGUACAAUUAAUUUUACAAGGAAAUAUUCAUAUAUUUUGUAUUAUAUUAAAAUGUUAGAUUAACGUUAUAUAUUAAGAAACAUUUUAUAUAAGAGAUAUACUCAUAAAUGACACAGAAGAAAAUUUAUUUAUUUACCUUAUUACAAGCAACUGUGUAAGAUAAUAUAUAUCACCUAAACAUAAAUAUAAUAGAAUAUUUUAUACAUCGUUUUUCAGAUGCAUUAAUAUUCACAAUUGUUAUAAAUACCUUAAUUGAAUAAUCUAAAUUUUUGUUGAAACUUUGUACACCCAAACAGUAUCAACUCCAUUGCCUGUUACUUUGAUUAUAUUCAUAUUAGGAAGUGGAAAUCUACAAGCAACUAUAACACAGUCUUUCUUUAAUUCUCUCAUGAACUUUUUUUCUACAUCUGCCAUCUAAAAAAAUUGGAAACAUUAAAUAAACAGGUAAUAAUGCAUGAAAGAGAGUAGGCAAAGUUUACCAUUUGAUCAACACCAAAUAUAACAAUAUUAUCAUAAUUCUUCAGAUUGUGUUUCCAUAAAUUUUGCUUUAUAAAAGUUGUCUUAGAUGAUGAUCCUGUAAUUAAUGCUUUCAAUCUGGAGUACCAUAUCAACCAUGGAUUUAAUUCAAUACCAUGAGCUUUGAAUCCAGCUUUUGCUGUUGCAAAAACCUAUAUAAUGCAUUUAUUUGUUCAUAUGUAUCUUAAUUGGUAGUUUAUAUUAAUAAGUUAUUUACUAUGCGUCCAUCUCCACUGCCAAGAUCAAUUAAUGAUCCAGUACGUCCUUCUAAAGCUUGUAAUACAUUUUUUAUUUGUUGAGAUGUAGCUGGUACAUAGGGUAAACAUAUUUUCCGAAAGGCUGGGCUCACAAAGGGAAUGCAUAUUAUACUGAUAGCUGUUG